GCAGCAGCAGCAGCAGCAGCAGCUCACCACUGUUCAUGUGCACAUAAAAUACACAAUAUAUUCAGACAGAAAAGAGACGCCGAGUAAGUAGUCGUCGGCCAUUUGAGACGAAGAAAAAUACAGGAAAAAAAGAAUCGAAUCGAAUGUACGGAGAGGUGACUCCAAGAAGAAAAAUAGUUGUUAAAACAGUGUGAACGCGAGUAACAAAAAAAAAACAAAAUUGAGAGAAUCGAAGGUGAAAAGAAAAGCAUACAAGACCGUAAUAAAAAUAAGAAUAGAGAGAGAGAGAGAGAGAGAAACAGGAUUUUCGAGAUUGCAGCGAGACGAAAAAUAAAUAAAUAUUAGUAUUGCGAAUUUAUUUAUCGGUUCGUGGUUUUUUCUGUUGUCAAAGUGUUUAUUUUUGUGUGUGUUAACGAAAUUGUGCGCAUCGUCGAUAUAUUCCUCUGUCUUUAUAUACCUGUGAUUUAAUGAUUUAUUGCUGAAUCAACCACAACAACAACAACCAAUUCAAAAAGAUCGUCCCGAAAAUUCGAGCAAAACGAUUUACAUUCUCUCUUUUAACACAUUAAUUACAAUAAAAUGACUGAAGUCGAACAGCAACCUCAAACGAAUGGCAUCGAAACGAUCGCAGAAGAUGAAAGCAACAAAGUUCGACCAGCCGAUAUCGAAGCGGAUAUGCGGGAGAUGGAUCGACGUAAACGUGUAGAAGCGAUUAUGUCAUCACGUCUGUUUCGUGAAGAACUCGAGCGCAUUGUCGAUAAUCAUGGUCGCGAAGGAACAUCGGGAAUAUUGCAACAGAUUUCCGAAAUGGUUGGCGUUCCAGCUGCACGCGUUGGCAGCCUAUUCAAGAAUUCGAAUUGCGUUCUACCCGUAAAUGAUAUCCGUGGCGUUGAAUCGAUGGGCUAUGCAAAGGGUGAAAAGAUUCUUCGUUGCAAAUUGGCCGCCACAUUUCGUUUACUCGAUUUGUAUGGGUGGACACAGGGAUUGGGCGCCCAAGUUACAGCUCGCUUGAAUGCCGAUCAAGAACUGUUUUUAGUCAAUCCAUUCGGAUUGAUGUACCACGAAGUGACUGCCUCAUCUUUGAACAAAGCUGAUAUGCAGGGCAAUGUUGUGGAACAAGGCACCACCAACUUUGGAAUCAACUUGAGACACUACUUGUUACACUCGGCCGUACACGCUGCACGACCAGACAUUCGUUGUGCUAUUUAUAUUGGCUGCAAUCCAGUUGUUGCCGUCUCAUCACUCAAACUCGGCCUAUUGCCAUUGACCAAUGAUGCAGCCGUUCUCGGUGAAGUUGCACUGCACACUUAUACCGGCGGUUUGAGCGAACCCGAAGAAAAGGAGAAGCUCAUUCGUAGCUUGGGACCGAUUUCAAAAGUGUUGCUACUUACGAAUCAUGGUGCUUUAUGCUGUGGCGAAACUAUUGAAGAAGCAUUCUAUUCGGCAUACCAUAUAGUUCAGGCAUGUGAAACACAACUCAAACUACUGCCCGUUGGAUUGGACAACUUGAAUUUGAUUCCAGAAGAAGCUCGUAAAGCCAUCUACGAUACUUCACGACGCCCACCGGAAGGCUAUGAAUUGAAACAAGCACAUAAGCAAGAUCAAACCGACAGCAACAAGGAUGGACCACGAUCACAGGCUCCAAAAUGGCGUGUUGGCAGUGCUGAAUUCGAAGCUCUAAUGCGUAUGCUGGACAAUGCUGGCUUCCGCACCGGGUACAUUUAUCGCAAUCCAUUAGUAAAAUCCGAACUACCGAAACCGAAGAAUGAUGUUGAAGUGCCACCGGCCGUGUCUUCGCUCGGAUAUUUACUUGAAGAGGAGGAACUUUAUCGACAAGGCAUUUGGAAGAAAUCGGAUUUGCGCAAAGGUGGCGAUCGAUCGAGAUGGCUCAACUCACCAAAUGUCUAUCAAAAGGUUGAGGUGUUAGAAACUGGCACAAUGGAUCCCAAGAAAAUUACCAAGUGGGUCGCUGAUGGUUCACCAACACAUUCGAAUGCUGUGCGCAUUGAAAAUCCACUGCAAUUUGUGCCGGCUGGAACGAAUCCAAAAGAAUUUAAAAAAUUGCAACAGUUGAUAAAAGAUAAUCGACGUGCCGACAAAAUAUCAGCGGGUCCGCAAUCACAUAUUUUAGAAGGUGUAACCUGGGACGAAGCAAAUAGAAUAAAGGAUGCAACGACUUCCGGUGCAAAUGAUCAUGUGGUUUUAAUGGGUGCCGCCUCAAAGGGUAUCAUUCAACGUGGCUACCAGCAUAAUGCAACCGUGUACAAGGCACCAUACGCCAAGAAUCCAUUCGAUUGCGUCACUGACGAUGAAAUAAACGAUUACAAAAAAACCGUUGAACGAAAAAGACACGGUGAUUAUACCGAUACCGACUUCUCCGAAUCAGAAGCUUUGAGUUCACUACAAAUUUCCGGACCGGCGAAACUUGGCGGAGACUCUGCACAAGUUCAUCGAAUAGAAACAUCGCAAGCGCCUGUACCCAGUCAACCAGAAGUUGUACUCAGUGACGCAACACUUGAUUUUAUUAAGAAUGAAAUAAUCCACGCUUCGACAAGUAAAGGUGAACACGUACAAAACGGAGAUCAUUCCGAUGCUCACAUCAGUACACUUUCACAUAGCAGUAAGGAGCAUGAUAUGUCUACGGAAGGAUCGCCGAAAAAAGACAAGAAGAAGAAGAAGGGACUUCGAACACCGUCAUUUUUGAAGAAGAAAAAGGAGAAGAAGAAGGUCGAAGCAUAAACACACUACUGAACAGAAUCACGUAUUUCUUUUUCUUUUGAACAAAAAUCACACACACCAGCAACAAGAAUAAAAAUCGAUUGAGCAACACUCAGCCCAAACAGACAAACAAACAUCCAAAUAUUUUAUAUGAACUUCAAGAAUCAAGCGCAGACAGAGCGAAAACGCAGCAUCAGCAUCAGCAUCAGCAUCAACAGCAACAGCAGCAGCAGCUAAAAACAAAAACCAUUAGACAUAGCAACAAAGGAAACCAUUCGAUUGCAAACGCAUUUAAUGAACACGGAACAAUUCAUACACAUUCAAGAGAAGAAAAAAAAAAGGAACACACACUAAGAGAGAGAACUAAAGAAAACAAAAAGAAAAACAAACAAAUAACGUUCAUGAAACGGGGAAAAAUAUUAUUAUUUUAGUAGUUAUGGUAAAUAUCUAAAUGUAAAGGAACGAAGUAACCAUAAAUGGGUGCAAAUAAGCAAAAAACAAAAAACAACCGACAAAUCAGUAUAUUGAUCGAGAAUAUACACGCGCGCGGAUAAAUAUUUUUUUUCUUUCGUUUUUUUAAAUAAAAAGAAAACCUUAUUUCGAGGUGUAUGUUUCGCACAGAAAAAGAAAAACCACAACAACAACAACAACAAUAAAGAACAUGAAAUUGAGUCAUCUAUUAACAUGCACCAAAAUUUAAAUAAUCUGAGUGUAAGGCUUGCCGAUUAUAAGCAACAUUAGAGCACAUAUAAAAAUCAUGAGAAUAUAUACAAAAUCAUCAACAACCAACUGAUUAUUCGGUUUUAAGCAGUUCCGUGUGAGAGAAAAGGAGAUAGAGAUAACACGAGAGUAUCGGUAAAAAAAUUCGAUCAAGUGACAUUUGCAAUCAAUGAACACAAACAUAGAGCGAUCAAUAAGAAAUGAAAUUCCAAAAUUCAGCAAUUACAAUUGCGGCUAUAGCCGUUUGUGUAUAGUAUACACUGUAUACACAAAUUGAAAGGGACUCAAAGUGAAACACUAGAAAAUUGUUACAAAAAUUUUGUUGUUGCCCUGCCCGAAGGUGAAUAUGAAAAAAAUGAUUGUUUUUUUUUAUUGUUUUCCAUUCUAAUUUGAUAAACAAUGAUACGUUCAUUCGAUGCAUCACUCACCCAGAUACAAAUUUAACUUUAUUUAUAAAGAAAAAAAAGAAUAUGAGCAAUUUAUCUUAAGUUUGUCGGAAAUUGUUUAAUGUGAAACGCAGUUUGGAAGCAUUACGCCAUAUUUCUAGGAUACAUUUAUAUUUUUUCUUCAUUUCGAUAGGAUACGUUACGUGUCAUUUCUUAUCAAUAUUUGCAUGGAAAACAAUGAGAUUGAAUUUUGUGGAUUUUUUUUUUCCUCCAUUUGAAGCUCUUUAAACCGAUUGCUUGAAGUGAAACAUACAAAUCGAAAAAAAGAGACGGAAUAAAAACGAUGGAAACGAACGAAGGAAUGUGUCGGAUUGCAAAAUGAUUCCCCUCGCCUCGAUUCUAUGUAUUGUAUCGCUAAAAAAGAGUUAAAUUCGAAAUGAUAUUUUUUUUUAUUUAGAAUUGCACGUGUCAAAAUAAAAGGAAAAAGAAAUUAAAUCUAUUGAAUCAUAAAACAAUUUUUCUGUUCACAUCGAUUUUAGUUCAUUUUGUGUCUUCUCGCUCGUUGCAUCUAUCAUAUUGUCACAAGUGUCACAUAUUCAUCUUUUCUUUUCGCUUAUCACAUUUUUCUUUCCUUUUCCAGUGUAUAUCAUUAUAAUAUUAGUAAUAUUAAAAUAUAUAUGUUUCAUGUUCACCGAUGCAAA